ACUCACAGUCAGCUUCAGAGCGGUUUACUUUUGGAAAAAUCCCAGAUUUGCCUUUUAUAAGCGACCAUGGUUCACAACAUGGAGAUGGAAAAGCAGGAGAAGCGCUACUGCAUUCGGGGUAAGCACGCAGCCAUCAUCUGCGCGGCCAUAGUGGUCUGCGCUCUGGCGGUGGGCCUUGGGGUGGGCCUCUCCUCCACUUGUACAACCACCACCUCCACCUCCACCACCACCCCAGCUCCCCCGCCGGAGCCCACCCAGCCCCCUGCCGACAGAGGGCCCUGCGUGCCGUCCACCGACUCCAGCGGAGACUGGAAGAAUUUCCGCCUGCCGGACUACGUGAAGCCGGUCCAUUACGACCUGCACCUGGAGCCCGACCUGGUGACGGACAUUUACACGGGAACCGUGGACAUCCAGGUGGAGGUCAGCAGAAGCACCCGCUACCUGUGGCUCCACAUCAGGGAGACGUUCGUCAGCGCCACUCCCAGGCUGAAGAAGGUCAACAGUAACGGGGAGCCGGUGGAUCUGGCGGUGAAACGCUGUUUUGAGUACAAAGCCCAGGAGUACGUGGUGGUGGAGGCCGUGGAGGAGAUGCCAGCUACCGCUUCAGGAGAGUCAUACGUACUCAGUCUGGACUUCCAAGGUUCGCUCACUGGGUCUGUGGUGGGAUUCUACAGAGUUGUCUACACCGAGGAGGGAGUCACCAAAAAGGUUGCUGCAACCGAUCACGAGCCAACGGACGCCCGCAAGUCCUUCCCCUGCUUCGACGAACCCAACAAGAAAGCGACGUACACCAUCUCCAUCACUCAUGACGGGCACUACGAAGCUCUGUCCAACAUGCCGCUGGAGGGCGAACCUGAAAAACUGUCUGACAAUAAGCUGAAAACCUCCUUCCAAAAGUCAGUUCCCAUGAGUACUUACCUGGUAUGUUUUGCGGUGCACCAGUUUGGGUUUGUGGAAAGGAUAUCGAAGAGAGGAAUUCCGUUGAGAAUCUACGGCCAGCCAAGUCAGCUACACACAGCAGAAUAUGCGGCCAACACAACCCUCGUUAUAUUUGACUACUUUGAGGAAUAUUUCGCCAUGAAUUAUUCCCUCACUAAACUGGAUAAAAUAGCCAUCCCUGACUUUGGCACCGGAGCCAUGGAGAACUGGGGCCUCAUCACCUACCGGGAGACCAACCUUCUCUAUGACGAGUCCCAGUCGUCCUCCAGCAACAAGCAGAGAGUGGCCAGCGUCAUCGCCCACGAGCUCGUCCACCAGUGGUUUGGGAACAUCGUCACCAUGGAUUGGUGGGAUGACCUUUGGCUCAACGAGGGCUUUGCCAGUUUCUUUGAGUACGUCGGUGUGGAGAAAGCCGAACCAACGUGGGGCAUGCGAGACAUCAUGAUCGCGGACGACGUCCUCCCCGUCAUGGUGGACGACGCCCUGGUUUCCUCUCAUCCCAUCAUCGUGGACGUAUCGACGCCGGCGGAAAUCACCUCCGUGUUUGAUUCCAUCUCGUACAGUAAGGGAGCGUCCAUCCUCAGGAUGCUGGAGGACUGGAUGGGGAAAGACAACUUCAGAGACGGCUGCAGAAAAUAUUUGGUGGAGUACCACUUUAAGAACGCCAAAACUGCGAACUUCUGGGAGUCCCUCGCCAGCGUGAGUGGGCUGCCAGUGGCAGACGUGAUGGACACCUGGACGAAACAGAUGGGCUACCCGGUGCUGAGCCUGACCGUCUCAGACACUGAUGCCAAACUGCAGCAGAAACGUUUCCUUUUGGACCCUAACGCUAAUAUCACUCUGCCGACUGUAGAUCUUGGUUACAAGUGGACCAUUCCAGUUAAAUGGCAGUCAGUGCCCGAUAACAAGACGGGAUUUGUUAUGUUCGACAAGAGUGCAGCAGAGAUUACCGUGAGUAACUACGCACCAGCGACAGACGGCCUCCUGAAGAUCAACAACGAUCAUAUUGGAUUCUACAGAGUGAACCAUGAGGGCCACAUGUGGAGCCUUAUUAGUGAACAGCUGCAGAAGAAUCACUUGGUGUUUGAUGCGGCUGACCGCGCCAGUUUCAUUGAUGAUGUCUUCGCUCUUUCGAGGGCUAAUAUUAUCGAUUAUGGCAACGCUUUUAAUCUGACAAAGUACCUGGCGAAUGAGACCGAAUACAUCGUGUGGGACCGCGUGGCGUCCUCUAUCAGCUAUGUCCGGAACAUGCUGUCCAGUAAUCCUACUCUCUACCAGAAGUUCCAGAAACUGUUUAGAACCCAUGUGGAAAAGAUUUCAAAAGAUCUUGGAUGGGCUGAUGAAGGAACACAGAUACAGAGGUUACUCAGGGAGACUGUCCUCAGCAUUGCCUGUCAGAUGGAUGAUCAGAACGCCCUGAAUGAAGCCUCCCGCCUAUUCGACGACUGGAUUGAAGGCAGACUGAGCGAUGUACCAGUGAACCUCAGACUGCUGGUUUACCGGUACGGCAUGAAGAACGCAGGAACUCCAGAGAAGUGGGAAAAAAUGUUCCAGAAGUACCAAGAGACUCCUUUGGCUCAGGAGAAGGACAAACUGCUCUAUGGACUGGCCUCCACAGAGGACAUUGAACUGCUUGAUCAGCUCCUGGAGGCAACUAAAAAUGAGAGCGUGGUGAGGAGUCAGGAUUUGUUCACCGUGGUGCGAUACGUGUCCUACAACCCAGCCGGCAAAAGCAUGGCCUGGGACUGGACCACACUCAACUGGGACUUCCUGGUAGACAGGUACACCAUCAAUGACAGGUACUUCGGCCGCCUGCUGACUCAAAUCAGCACCAUCUACAACACAGAUGCCGAACUAUGGAAGAUGGAGAACUUCUUCCGGUUGACGCCUAAUGCUGGUGCCGGGGAGAUGCCAAGGCAGCAAGGACUGGAAACGACGAAGAACAACAUCGCGUGGAUCAAGAGCAACGAGGACGAGAUCAAGAGUUGGCUGGAGAGCAAUGUCGCUUGAGACAACGCCGAGGAAAAACACUGCAGCAGUGCGUGCAUGCUGUUCCUGCAGAGAACCACAGCAUCUACUGCCCCCUGAAGGAAUAUGGAGCAGUGUCAUAUUCAGAGCAUACAGGGAUGAUUUAUUUAUAUACUUUCUGAAUACUUGAUGUGAAGACGCUGCUGUUCUUGACAAAUCAGCAGCCAACUUAACAUCACUACUAUUAGCCUUUACACUGUUCCACUGAUUUCACAUGAAUUUUUAAAAAUCUAUUUUUGUAAAAUGCAAUAAAAUUCGAGUUUGUGAUUCACAUGAAAAAAAAACAAAAUGUAUCAUUGAAUAAUUUGUACUGAGGACCUCUUCCUGUUCGGUGCUCAGCUCAUGCGCAUUGUGCUUACCAUAAAUACACGUCUCCUUUUGUUUGUAAGAAAUUGUGCACAUUCAACCCAAAUAAGAGUUAUCUUCCCCAACAUUCCCAGUUGAAAAAAUAUAUUUUUACUGACAUUAUUUUUUACUCUUUCAUUAUUUAUUUUGCCCAGCUGUAAUGAAACUGUAACAAAGUUCUGCCACUUAAAAACUGCUGUUUUGAACUUUUAUGUUUAAUCUGGGAAAAAAAUAGAAAAACUGCAAUUAGUAAUUUUAAUGAAUGACAAAUAUCCUGCUUUAAGUUUUUGUAAAGGUAAAGCAAUGGUGCUGGGCAGAACACAUGGAAUGAGAAACAAUGCUAAACUUGACUUUGCUUUCAGAAUGAAGACCUCUAAGUAGCAGAUAUUCAAAACAAUAUAUUUACCUUAAAAAUACAGGAAAUUGAACAUUUGAUCAAUGUUCACUACGCAGUAAAUUUAGAGUUCAUAAUGUCAGAGAAGUCCCCUCUGCUCCUCUCUUUAUGUCUUAAAGACAUUUGACACUUUUUUCGCUGGUCUACUGUUGAAGUAUUAAUGGUGAAAUUAUAUAGAAUUAUGAUAGCAGGAUAUAGUAGACCGGAUCGGGUGGGGAGUGAUUGUUGGGGUUGAACAUUUUGACAAUUUUUGCCAUUUUCUAGUGCUAUGUAUUAAAAAAGUAUAUAUAUUUAUUUACAAUAUUAAGCUUAACAUUAGUGUGCAGAUCCAAAAGCCGUCAAAGAAAUGAACAUCCAUUUACACAAACUCGGUUUCUUUUUGGAAAUGAGGUUGUGUAAGUAGUGAGUAUUAUCUGUUUUACAGAAUUUGAAUUGAACCAAGACUCAUAGUGGAUGUGAAUGAAUCUCAUUCGUCGUGUCAGAGGAGAAUUGUAUCAUUGCUGAAAAUGACAUUUUAUUCUGCUUUCUAUUUCUGAAUACAUCUUUGA